UGCUAAAAGGUAACUUCCUUAAUAUGUGUAAAAAUAACUAAAAAAAUCAAUGAGAGUGCAAAAAAAAGAGAAUGAUUUUUGAAGAUGAAUUAUAGGCACCUUGAAGUGCACUUCCGGUACUGUCGGUGCUUGAAACAAUUUUGUCUUCUCCAUAUCUCUAGAAUAAUUUUAUAUGAGGAGCUGAAACAAUUUUGUCUUCUCCAUAUCUCUAGAAUAAUUUUAUAUGAGGAGCUAUUGAACUCAAUCACUUAUUGUUGUUAGUCUUAAGUUUUUCUGUUGAGGUUUAUCUUGCAGAGAUACUCAAAUUGGAUCAGUGAUCGAUUUCAAGUUUUCAUCGUUAUUUCUAAUUACGUAAAUCAAUAAUUCAAACUUUGGUAGUCUAGUUGUAGUUUUGAGCAGGUGAACCCAUGUUCUAUCUCGUAGAUCAGGCCUUAAAGAAGGUCCCAAGGGUUCGGUUGUUCGCCGAUUCAAGAUAGACUUCAUCCACCGGACGCCCUUAAAGUGGACAGGAAGAUUGAGACUCUUCAAACGGAGCACUAAGAGGAAGGUGUCCUGAGUUGUUGAUUAAAAUGCCCAAAGUCAAUUCAUUAUGCUUUACAAUAAAGAAAAGGAUUAAAGGAUGCAAAAAGAUCUUUUCAAGCUGUAAAGAGACCAAGCUAAUGGACAUGGAGAAUGUUCAUACUGGUGAAAAAACUCCUGCUCAUGCAGCGGCUUCCACCCGAUGUAACUUUUAAUUGAUGAGGAAGUAGUUGGUUUUGAGGAUGAAGCAGAAAGUAUAAUUGAACAAUUGACUGGAGGAACAAAGGAAGUAGACGUUGUCUCGAUUGUUGGAAUGCCUGGAUUAGGCAAAACAACUUUGGCUAAAAAGGUGUUCAAUCAUUUUAUUGAUAAUAGACACUUUGAUGUUCGAGCAUGGUGCUAUAUAUCUAAGGAAUAUAGUUUGAUGAAGGUGUUCUCGGAGAUUCUUAAACAAGUCAUAGGCAAUUUGGAUGGUAUCGAAGAUGAAGACAUGCCUGACAAGUUGCGCAAGAGUAUAAUGUGCAAGAGAUAUCUCAUUGUAUUAGAUGAUAUAUGGGAAGUUAAGGCAUGGGAAGAGUUGAAAUUAUCUUUCCCACAGGAUGAAAAUGGAAGCAGAAUACUGGUAACAAGUCGAGAUGAAGAAGUGGCUAGGCAGCUUAAGCACCACACUAAUCCGCAUUCUCUUCGAUUUCGAACCGUGGAUGAGAGCUGGGAAUUACUUCAGAAGAAAGUAUUUCAAGGAGAAAUCUGCCCCCUGAAAUGCUCAAAGCAGGACAACAAGUUGCUGAAAGCUGCAAGGGAUUACCUCUUGUGAUCGUCUUGACUGCUGGAAUUAUUGCAGAGAAAAGGCAAGCCUCUUUAUGGCUUGAGGUCGCAAAUGAUUUAAGUUCCCAUGUUUUAGAAGAGCAAAGCACGAAGAUAAUAGAAUCAAGUUACGACCAUUUGGAAGACCAUUUAAAGGCUUGUCUUCUUUACAUGGGAUUGUUUCCAGAAGACUACAAAAUUCCAGUGUGCGAUUUGCUAAAGUUAUGGAUAGCUGAAAAUUUUGUACAGAACAUGGACACAGAUAACCUGGAGGAAGCAUCUAAGAUUUGCUUGAAUGGUCUAGUGACCAGAAGCCUAGUAGUGGUUACUAAAAGGAGAAGUAAUGGUGAGAUAAAGUAUUGCACUGUUCAUGAUUUAGUGCGUGAGUUUUGCUUGAGAAAACUUACAAAAGAAAAGUUUAUGCAACUCAUAGUCCCAUACAAUCGAUACCAAACUUUAGGUGCAAAGGAACCUCGGUUAUGCAUGUAUGUCCAUGACGAUCUUGUCCGAGAAUUAGUGCAGUACGAAUAUUCGUUGGAUAAGAUUCCGAUGAUGGCAGGGUUGAAGGAAGGGGAGUCUUUCGCUCAAUGUCAUGAUAGGUCUCUUGAGUUCAUUGCUCAUCCAAAAUUCUAUGCAUGGGACCAUAUAAGUCUUUUUCCUUUACUUGAUAACUUUAGACUUAUUCGGGUGCUGCAUUUAUGGGAUAUCUACUUGCAAAAUUCGUGGGCUACAGCAAUGCAAGCGGUAACUCACUUGAGAUAUCUUGCAAUUUUUACCCAAAAGUUUGAUUUCCAGUGGAUAUCACACCUACUCGAUCUACAGAAUUUGCGGGUGGCAUGGAAAGAUUCAACAGCACUUGAUCCCACAAUGCGUUUAAAGACAUCACCUGCCAUUUGGAAAAUGCAGAAACUAAGGCAUGUGGAUAUCAACAAAUUUUCCUUCGCUUGGAAAGACAAUGAUCGAGCAAUUUUUGAGGAAUCUCCAAAACCUGUGUUACCGAACUUGAAGACUUUUGGCAAGUGUUGGAUAUACUUGGCUGAUAUGACUCCGGAGUUCUGGUGGAGAUUUCCAAAUAUUGAACAACUCAAACUCCACUUUGUUGAACCAGAAGAUGAAACUGUAACUAAAUACUAUGAGGUUCCCACACCAGAAGUUGAUAUGCCAAAUCUUGAAAAACUCCCACUUCAAUCUCUUGAAGUGAGUUUCUCACACACAAAGUCCACCUACUCAACCAUGAUGGGGCAGCUGUGUUGUCUUCCCUUCAAAUCUAAAACAUUUGUCCAUUGAUUGCAUUUACCUGACGGGAAAACUUGUUUCAAACAUUGCAAGAUUGCCAAACCUUGAGCGACUCAAACUUCGUAUGAUACAUUUAAAGAGCCGAGGUGACAUAUAUCUGUCAAGAUAUAUCAGCAAAUGUUGGGAUGUCAGUGAUUACGAGUUCUUUACACUCAAAUACUUGAAAUUAGAGUCUUUUCAUAUGACAGAAUGGUUCUCCUCAGAGGCAUCCUUUCCCGUGCUUGAGAAACUGGUUAUAGAUCAUGAUUACACGCUUCGAGAGAUCCCGUCUAGCUUUGUGGAUGUUCCAACACUGCAGUUGAUUAAACUGAUCGCCUGCAGUGAGUCACUUGUCAAUUCAGCUCUGAACAUUAAAAGAGAAGUUGAAGAGAUGACAGGAAGUGACAGUCUCCAAGUUCAUGCCAAGUAUAUAAGAUAAUGGUAAGUAAUUUCAUAAUUAUGACAUACAUGCAAGAAGAAACUGACAUUUUCCUAGAUGACAUUUAUCAAGAUAACUAGUGUACUUGCCCGCGCUUCGCGCAGUCAUGAAAAAAUCAAAAAUGAAAAAAAUUAAAUAUGAA